GGCUCUUUCCGCAAAGGGAAGUGGAAGUGCCGCCGCGUUCUGGAAAGGCAGAAGCAGCUGAGCAGCGUGGGGGACUUGGAGACUUCGGGUAUACUGGCAGUCGUGCGGAUGGGAGCCAAAGACUGACCUGGAGGGGGCUGAACUCUACCAGCGGCUGGAGAUCAUGCUGCAUACACAGCUGGAACAUCGCCCUGCCAAGCCCCUCCCUGUGGUGAUCAUAGGAAAUGGUCCCUCCGGGAUCUGCUUGUCCUACCUACUGUCUGGCAAUGUCCCCUAUGUCAGAAGGGACUCUGUUCAUCCAAACCCCAUUUUGCAAAGGAAACUGGAGGAACUGCCGGAGGUUUCCAUCUUGGACCAGGAUUUGGAGUACCUGUCCGAAGGUUUGGAAGGGAGAUCCUCCAGCCCGGUUGCACUCCUUUUUGAUUCGCUCUUGCGGCCGGACACCGAUUUUGGAGGGACCGCAGAGUCUGUCCUGACUUGGUGGCACCAGCCUGAGAGGGCUGUUCCUCAUCUGGUCCUUGGCAAGACCCUUCCCGGAGGAGCUUGGCACUCCAUCGAGGGCUCCAUGUUUACUCUGAGUCAGGGGGAGUGGAUGGGCCUUCCUGACGUCCCAUUCAAAGACUGGUUGAGCAAGAAGAAAAGGGGCUUCAGGAAUAACAGGGCUACAGCGGGAGACAUUGUGCAGUAUUACCAGUACUACGUGGCAAAGAAAGAAUUGCGGAAGAACUUCCUCUGUGGCCUUCUCGUGACCUGCGUGAAGAAGCUGAGCGUGGAGCCAGGCUCGGGCUGCCGUGCUCAAGAUUCCGGGGACGGCAGCUCUCCCUGUACCCUCCCAGAGACCUUACAAGCCCACCACCAAGAGGAGAAUGGGACUCUCUUCAAGGUUGAGGGCCUCGUCACGACUGUCGGUGGCACGCAGCCCUUCUCUAUCUAUGCGGAGAAUGUGGUCUUGGCCACCGGGACCUACGACAGCCCGUCGUGGCUGGGGGUUCCAGGGGAGCACCUCCCGUUUGUCCACCACACGCUCUCUGCUCUGGAGGAAGCGGUGAAGAGCAAGGAGAUGGGCAUGAUGUCCGAUCCAAUCCUGAUCGUAGGUGCCGGGCUCACGGCGGCGGACGCCAUACUCUUCGCUCACCAUUGCAACGUUCCGGUGAUCCAUGCCUUCCGCAGGCGAGUCAACGAUCCAGGCCUCAUCUUCAACCAGCUGCCAAAGACAAUGUACCCCGAGUACCACAAGGUCCACCAGAUGAUGAAGGAGCAGGCCAUCCCCUGCCCUGGCCCCUACGAAUGCUACACCAGCCUUCCUGAGCACCACGUGGUCUCCUUCACGGAGGACAGGAAGUGCAUCUUUUCCGAUAAGAAUGGCCACCGGAAGAUGCACAACAUCUCCAUGGCGUUUGUACUUAUCGGCUCCAACCCCAACCUCUCAUACCUGCCCAACAAUGGCAUGGACCUGGCUGUGGACGGUGGGCAGCUGGUCAGCUCCAAGCGAAACCCCAUAGACACAGAUCCCUUCACCUACGAAUGUGUCCACGAGAAGGGCCUCUAUGCCAUGGGGCCCUUAGCUGGGGACAACUUCGUGCGGUUCGUGCAAGGGGGCGCGCUGGCCAUUGCGAGCUCCCUGAUGAAGAAGGCCGAUAAGCACCCCCCAUAACCCUUGCAGGAAUCCCUCUUUCUCAGGAGGAUGACUCGGGUCAGGCUUUGAGAAGGGGGGCUCAGAUUCCUUCCAGGCAUGAAGCCUCUGCCCGCGAGGCUUGCUCCCAAGGUGCUGAGCCAGCACUUCGUGAAGUUGCAGGCAAGGUGUUUGGGUGGGGGGAGGUUGCUUUUCAGUCUGCCUAGUGCUGGACUCCCUUUUCUCUGCUCUCCCUGCGUUUCACUUGGAGGCAGCCCUGUGCAAAUCCUGGCGCAGAGCAGGUGGAGGGAUCAGAGCAGAAGUCUUGCAAGUACCACGUGAGACAGCUGGGGUGUGCUGAUUUUUCUUCCCCGGUCCCCAGCUAAAUUCACGGCAGGUUUCCCUCCCCUCAAGGACAAUAUUCUCUUCUUGCACAGGCUCUGAGCCUUAACGGUCCCAUUGGAAUACUGUUCUCAGUUGCUGCAAAACCAAAUCCUCCAUGCCAAGAAUGCACGGCGUGGAUCCAAAGGCGCACAGAGCUGCUGUUCCUGCGCAAUGCGAGCGGCCGUCCUGGGGCCCCUUGGCGAUAGCAGCCAUACCUUGCUGAAGCCGCUCGGCACUGCGGAUCUGCCAGUAGACGUGCCGAAGGCCGUACGGAACGGCACUAAGAGCUGGGUGGAAGAGCAGUCAUUCCUGCAGAUGUGCGCAAAGGCCUUCCGCACACCUGGGGCGGCUGCAGGGCCGGCACCCAGGGCAGGCACCCUCCGGUUGAUCUGCUCUUCCGCAGCGUUGACUGCGCUCUGCCGCUGGGUGUGGCCCAGAUAAUGUGGUGGCGGGAUGGAGCAGCAAGAGAUGCUUCUCGGUCCUCAGCGCGCCCAGUGAGCAAGCGAGUGAACACGCAGUGCUCAUGGUGCUCAGGAGUAAGAACCGUUCAUGGCAAUGCCAGUAAGAUCUUAGUCACUUUGGAGGGGCUGUUGAGGUUAUGCUCCCAAGAGACUUCUUUUGUUCCCAUCCGGCCCAUCAGGAAUGCUAGGCGAUGUAGUCCACAGAUCUGGAGGGUACCAGGUGGGGAAAGUUGCACGUUUGUCCCAACAUUCAUUCAGCAGCUGCAGGCAGUGGUGAGGGGCCUGUUCACGGCCAACACUUCUCCUUUAAGAGAUGUGAAGUUGGAGUAGCCACGUUAUGCAGUUCAGAUGCAACAGCUGAAAUUCCAGGGAAUAUGUUUAUAUUUCCCUAGCACGUUGGUGACAACCUUAAAGCUUCUUGCUGAGUUUUUCUAUGCAAUUACAUGUGUUACUAAUUUUAAGCAGAUUUAUUAAAAUAAAAACUUUUUGAGGUUAUAUGUUCAAAUAAUACAAUUUGUAUAUGGAAAUUUUUAAAUAAAAAGUUUGUGGUAUUCUACAAA